UAUUUGAUGGCUCUACUUGUGGAUUAGAUUUAGUUUUGGCAAUCAGUUCGAUCUACACACUUACAUAUAUGGCAAACGUUACGAAAAACAACAAAAAAGCGGCACAUGAGCCAAUGGAAUCUAAAACAACCACAGUUUUAGGCGACGAUGACAAGAUCCUUGGUGUUGUGGAUAGUUUCACGACAUGCCUUGAUGCCGUUGAGAGAGACCUGGACCGAGCACUACAGGAACGGAACAAGCCGAUGCUGACGUUAGAUGAAAUGAUCAAGCUGGACACAUAUAUAGCGUAUGUGAACAGCACCUUGGUCUGGAUGCAUGCAAAAAUGCAAGGCGCCGAUGUAACUAAUCAUCCCAUACAGAAUGAUCUGAAUCGAGCCAAAAAGAUGCUUGCACGAAAUAAAGAAAUCGAUGACGCCCUCGCCGCACCACGUCUGGAAAUGCAGGCAACUAAACGCUUUAUUGCUGCCGGUAUUCAUACGCGAUUUGUCAAUAUGGAUGGCGUUAUGGUCACUGAAGAAAUGUACAAACGCAAACAGGCGGAAAAACAGACAAACAAAUCUUAAGACACACACACACACAUACAAAAGCUUACGAUCACUAACAAAAUUAAGUUCAGUGAUUUACAAAUAAGGGAGACUGUUAACAAUAAAAAUCUAUUUUGCCUGCAAAACAGCGGGCAGUGACGUA